AUGGUUUUCAACAACAUUAAUAACUUUGAUUUAACAGGCCUGGCCGCUCAGGACGUCGCCGAAAAGUGCAAGUCGCUGGGAAUCACCGCGCUGCACAUUAAGCUGCGUGCCACCGGCGGAAACCGCACCAAAACCCCGGUACCGGGUGCCCAGUCAGCGCUCCGUGCCCAGGCCCGUUCGCCGAUGAAGAUUGGCCGCAUCGAGGACGUGCCGCCGAUCCCGUCCGAUUCGACCCGUCGAGAGGGAGGUCGCCGCGGUCAUCGUCUGUCAAGAGUGGGAGAGCUCGGGCUGGUAUUUUUGCGUCGCGCUGUGCGAGUUUCCAAUUCCAAUUCGCUAGCAGAGUUCUUAAAAGAGGAACUGUAUCGUGGUGAUGAUACAGAGUGCAUUACGUAUCAUCAACGCGCUUUCGACCCAUAGGCCAUAUACAGCGAUUCUUGUUGCCGCAGAGUAAUGACGGCGACGGCAACGAAGACAUUUAUAGAGGGUUGAUACAUAACUAAGAAAAGAACUUAAUUUUAAGUGUUUUUAAUGUAAUAAAUUCUUGCAAUAAAAAUCAAUUUACAAACGGUCGUU